AUGAAAAAUUCUAAAAAGAAGCCCCGUAAAAACAAUGCAAGCAAGCGCAAGGAAACCACACCCGUCGACGAGAACGCCGUUUCCCGACAAAAAGAAACCAUUGAGUUGCUUCACGAAUACAACGACCUCAAGGAUGCGACACAAAUUGUCCUGGGUGCUUUGGCCACUAUGAAAGGGGUUCCUGUCCGAUCUCUUUACGCCUCGUACAACCUUCCAAUCGUCGAAUGAAAUAUGCUCGAAUAAACAAUAUUAAGCUUCCA